GUAUUUGUGGGUAUUGACUGGUAUAUGUGUGUCACAUAUUCUGGAACAUUGAUAGUGUCAUAAAUUAUUGUACUAAAUACUUUUCAGGAUAAUAGGAGUGAUUAUGGGAGAACUUUUGUAUGCACUCUCUAUCAAGAAUGAUCAAGAUCAAACGCUCUCAAAAAAAGAGAGGGAUAUACAGGUCAUGAAUGGUGAACUGAACAGUUGUCAUAUAUUACUGGAAGUUGUCAGAGAAGAAGAAAAACACAAAAAGGAACGGUUUGACGAAUUAAAGGAGUCUCUUGUGAAGUUGAAGGCAGAACUUGAGAAGGCAGAACGUGAGAAACAAUCUUCAAGGACAAGCGAGAUUCAUCUGACUCAGAACAAUGAAUAUGGUCUUGGUAGACUGCUAAAGGAUGUCUUCUCGCUGGCUCUGGCUUACUUGAAUGGAAAUUUAUUAUUAACAGGUUUUGCACUGUUGUAAUUUUUUGUUAAAGCUCAGUGGGUUUUUUUAAGCACUUGGAAUGACCCCAUCAUUAGUGUCUUAAUUACAUCUUUAACUUUGGAUGUCGGCAUGGUUGACACACCUGAUGUUUCCACUGUUGUUGGAGUUUUUACACUUUAUACCAUAUAAUAAUAACUUAUGUUUUUA